AUGGCUGUGAGGGUGACGCUGUGGUCUCUGUGUUGCAGGAAGAGUGUUCAGACCAAAGUGGAUCAGAUUCUGCAAGACGUUCAACGUUUCUCCGACAACGACAAGCUGUACCUGUACCUCCAGCUGCCGUCCGGACCGAGCGCCGGAGACAAGAGUGGUGGCGACUCCAGCUCCUUCAACACAGCCGACCAGCUUCACACCUGUAACUGGAUCCGCAGUCACCUGGAGGAGCAUUCAGACACCUGCCUACCCAAACAGGACGUCUACGAGACAUACAAGAGAUACUGUGAGAACCUGCAACAUCGCCCGCUGAGCGCCGCCAACUUCGGGAAGAUCAUCAGGGACAUUUUCCCCAACAUCAAGGCCCGGAGGCUCGGCGGCAGAGGACAGUCCAAGUACUGUUACAGCGGCAUCAGGAGGAAGACGGUUCUCAACAUGCCUCUGCUGCCCAACCUGGACCUGAAGAACGACCCGGCAGAGCUGACCGAGCUGGUCCAGACGUACAAACAGGAAGUGACAGAGGCGGCGUGCGAGCUGAUCUGUGAUUGGGCGCAAAAGAUCCUAAAGCGUUCGUUUGACACGGUGGUGGAGAUCGCUCGUUACCUGAUCCAGGAGCACAUCGUCAACCCGCGCUGCAGCCAGGCCGAGCUGGUGACGUCGGCCGCACUCGCAG